GCGGCGGCGGCGGCGGCGGCGGCGGCGGUGGUGGUUACUAUGGCGGAGUCGGCCAGAGCCUCCUCCUUCUUCCCCCUUGUCGUCCUCCUGCUUGCCGGCAGCGGCGGGUCCGGGCCCCGGGGGAUCCAGGAUGGAUCUGGGAGAGACGAUCAGGAUUGUAUUCGCUCCCGAUGUACAAAGCCUGGGCUUUGACUUCUCAGCAGCCCCUAACCUUCCAGCUAUGGGAGAUCAAGUGUGUGUUCUGUGGCUCUCCUCUCCACUAAAAAUAAUGAUUCUCAGCUCUGCAGUGUGCAUGUACCAGCUGCCUCCAGGCCAACUACACGUGUGAGACAGAUGGGGCCUGCAUGGUUUCCAUUUUCAACCUGGAUGGCAUGGAGCACCACGUGCGCACCUGCAUCCCCAAAGUGGAGCUCGUCCCUGCCGGGAAGCCCUUCUACUGCCUGAGCUCUGAGGACCUCCGCAACACCCACUGCUGCUAUACUGACUUCUGCAACAAGAUCGACCUGCGGGUGCCCAGUGGUCACCUCAAGGAGUCUGAGCACCCUUCCAUGUGGGGCCCUGUGGAGCUGGUGGGCAUUAUUGCUGGCCCAGUGUUCCUCCUGUUUCUCAUCAUCAUCAUUGUUUUCCUUGUCAUUAACUAUCAUCAGCGUGUCUAUCACAACCGCCAGAGACUGGACAUGGAAGAUCCCUCGUGUGAGAUGUGUCUCUCCAAAGACAAGACGCUUCAGGAUCUUGUCUACGAUCUCUCCACAUCAGGGUCUGGCUCAGGGUUGCCCCUUUUUGUCCAGCGCACAGUGGCCCGAACCAUCGUUUUGCAGGAGAUUAUUGGCAAGGGCCGGUUUGGGGAAGUGUGGCGUGGCCGCUGGAGGGGUGGUGAUGUGGCUGUGAAGAUUUUCUCUUCUCGUGAAGAACGGUCUUGGUUCCGGGAAGCAGAGAUAUACCAAACGGUCAUGCUGCGCCAUGAAAACAUCCUUGGAUUUAUUGCUGCUGACAAUAAAGAUAAUGGCACCUGGACACAGCUGUGGCUCGUCUCAGACUACCAUGAGCAUGGCUCCCUGUUUGAUUAUCUUAACCGAUACACGGUGACCAUCGAGGGGAUGAUUAAGCUGGCCUUGUCUGCAGCUAGUGGGCUAGCACACCUGCACAUGGAGAUUGUGGGCACCCAAGGGAAGCCUGGAAUUGCUCACCGAGACUUAAAAUCAAAGAACAUCCUGGUGAAGAAAAAUGGCAUGUGCGCCAUCGCAGACCUGGGCCUGGCUGUCCGCCAUGAUGCGGUCACGGACACCAUCGACAUCGCCCCAAAUCAGAGGGUGGGGACCAAACGAUACAUGGCCCCCGAAGUGCUUGAUGAAACCAUUAACAUGAAGCACUUCGACUCCUUCAAAUGUGCUGAUAUUUAUGCCCUCGGGCUUGUGUAUUGGGAGAUUGCUCGGAGAUGCAAUUCUGGAGGAGUCCAUGAAGAAUAUCAGCUGCCAUAUUAUGACCUAGUGCCCUCUGACCCUUCCAUUGAGGAAAUGCGAAAGGUCGUAUGUGACCAGAAGCUCCGUCCCAACAUCCCCAAUUGGUGGCAGAGUUAUGAGGCUCUACGGGUGAUGGGGAAGAUGAUGCGGGAGUGCUGGUACGCCAAUGGCGCGGCCCGCCUGACCGCUCUGCGCAUUAAGAAGACCCUCUCACAGCUCAGCGUGCAGGAAGAUGUGAAGAUCUAAGCCUCUCCCUCCCCUGCACGCAGCCCUGGGCAGUGGGAACUACACGCAGAGCUGCCGCGUUGAGCGUACGAUGGAGGCCUACCUCUCAUUUCUGCCCAGCCCUCUGUGGCCAGGAGUCCUGGCCCGAAAGAGGGACCGAGCCCGGGAGACUCCCUCACUCCCAUGUUGGGUUUGAGACACAGACACCUUUUAUAUUUACCUCCUAACGGCAUGGAGACUCUGAGAGCGAAGGGUGCGGAGAACUCGAUGCCACAACUCAAGCCGGCUGUGGUGGGAAGUCCCGCAACCCCGGUGCGCUGGCGGGCGGCCUGGAGGGCCUGGACGAAGCAGAGUGUCGCCAGGGCGCCAGUGUCGUGCAGCACUGAGGGUUUUCCUCCAGGGACCAACCCCAGAGGCACCAAGAGGACAGCGCCCUCUCACAGGCAGCUCUGGGCCCCAGGCUCCCCUCCUCCCUCCUGCGGACAUCUGGAGGGCCCGCCAGUGGAGACGGGAUCUGCUGCCUGUCUGUCCAGCCGUGUGUGUGUGCAUGUGCCGAGGUGCGUCCCCUGUUGUGCCUGGUCCGUGCCACGCUCUUACACAUAUGUGUGUGUGUAUGUGUGUGUCUGUAGGUGCGCACUUACCUGCUUGAGCUUUCUGUGCAUGUGCAGGUCGGGGGUGUGGUUGUCAUGCCGUCUCUGCGUGCUGGUGCCUCUGUUCGGUAGUGAGCAGCGUCUGGUUUCCCUGGUGCCCUUCCCAGAGGUCUUACUCCUGGCCCCUCCCCGCCCCAGGACCCCCAUGCCGUGGUGGGGCUCCCUGCCCAGCAGGCUGCCCCACCCACCCCAUGUCAACACCUCCACUUCAGACUGUGGAACCAAAGCUGGCCCAGUUGUCCAUGUCAGGCGAGGCUUUUGGGUCCAAAUGUGAGGCGUGGGGGUGGGCGGGGAAAGAAUCUUGGUGGAGUCUCAGGCGGUGCAGUUAGUGGCAGCCGUGGGAAAUGAGCCAGCCCAAGGGCAUCGUCCUCAGCAGCACAGGAAGGGCCAAGGGAUUUGAAGCCCAGAUCCUGGGACUCAGAUUGGAAUGUCACAUCUGUCUUUCAUAUCCCAGAUUCUGGAAACAGCAGUGUAUAUUUUUGGUGGUGAUGGGUUUAGGGUGGGGAAGGGAGAGGGGGGCAAGGAGUGGGGAGGGAGUCCGGGGUGGGAGGGAGGCAUCUGCAUGGGUCUUUUACUGGAUUAUCUGAUUACGGUGGAGGGAAGAUGUGAGACUUGCACCCACUUCAGGGGCCCUAUGAAAGGGAACAGCCCGAGCCAAAUCUGUUCUUUUAACCUGAGUAUAGUAUUUAAUGACGUCUAGAAGCACGGUUGUGGGUGGUGAUUUGCUCAGCAUAUCUUAGGUAUAUAAUAACUUUGAAGCCAUAACUUUUUAACUGGAGUGAUUUGGGUUGUUUGUUUCUUUUUUCCUUCCUUCUUUCUCUCUCUUCUCUUUCCUUUCUUUCUUUCUUUCUUUCUUUUUCUUUCUUAAUUUUAUUGGAAGGGUCUGAAUUUUAACUUUUUUUAAAUAUUAUUAAGUGUUUAUAAAAGGAAAACCAUCUCUAUGUGAUGAUUACCUCUCAAUCUCUUUGUUUUUAAAGAAAUUCCUACGAAACA